ACGAAAUUGAUACUAAAGCUCUGGCAUAUGCUCAAAGACAUGAAGGAAGAUGCUUAGAUAAAGUUAGUCCUAAUAGUCAUCCUAAAUUCUUAGAGGGAUUACAUUUAGAUAGUUAUAAACUUGACCUUUGA